GUCUUCGGACUUUCCACUGCUCCCGGGCUCUCUGCGUGCCUCUGGGGUGUUCUUCGGCUGGACGUCCGUUGCACAGGGAAGCUACCAAUUUCAGCCACAACUCUGGAGUAAAUACAUCCAAUUUGCCAGAUGGACAUGGGUUAAUACCUCCGGGAGAUUUUACUCAGUGAAUGAAUAAGGAGGCGACCUUGGAGCAACGACUGGAUCUGACAAUAAUUUGUGGCUCUGUCACCAGAUGUUUUGUUCUUGACUUUGUGGCUACGUGAUUAUACCGUAGGAACAGCGUUGUCUCUCAUCACUAGAAGCAAAUAUGCACCUGCGGGUGUUGGUUGGUUUAUCGACGAGUCAAAGGAUUUUCAUGAUUGAUGCCCAGAUGACAGUUGCUCCCAUCCUGCACAGCAUCUAAGGAUCAAAAGGCAGAAGCAGCCCUAUGGAAUAGCACUGGCUACCAAAAACAUGCCAGUUGCCAUACGCAAGAGAAGUUGGGAGGAUCAUGUGACUCACCCCUCGGGAUUACAGUACAGCUACGAUGAUCUGGAUCUGAUCUGUGGCCAUGGCCUUGACAACCAGGGACUUUGGAGGGUUUCAGGGGCCUCCAAACAGGGUCGCUGGACAAGGUGUGCCUCCCUUCCGGAAGGCUGCCACCAACUCUUUGUAGAUGAGCUCGCCCAUGUUACAGAUAGCAACAUCAAAGAAAAGAAGAUAGUUUGUGGCCCUCGCAAAUGUAUGCUUGUGCCUCACGUCGACCACCUGAAAACCGCAAACUGUCGUGACCCAGAAGAGUUUGGCAACAUCUCACAGAGUGACAGAAGUCCUGCUCUUCCUUUUUCUGCAACUGACAACAGCGGCCACUGUGAGGAAACUGAAAUUGUCACAGAACGCGAGGAUAAUGUCUUUAAAGAUCCACAUAUCUCUCGUGAUAAGCAACAAUGCAUCUCUAUAUCUUCAAACAAUGGGCCCCCACUAUUGCAGUCUGCCGCUGGACAGCCUGGCAAACUUCCAAAUCCUCAGCAAACAAAGGAGGGUCAUACAGAUAGUUACAGCAGACCUCCUGAAAUCACUGAGGCCACACUGACGCCCUGCUCGGCUGCUCCACAAGAACCUCAGCUUGACCUCCCAGAUGUUGAGGACACAAUUUCCACGCCUGGCCAUGCUGGUACAAAGAAAACCUUGGAGAGUCUUCUUGUGAUGUCACUGGAUAACAAAGUUAUGACUGCAUUGGGAGAAGGAAAAUGUGACAACGGAACAAUUGAAACCUGGACCACAGAUUCAGCUGACACACUGGGUGGAUUAAGUAACCCAGGAACCCACAAUGAAAAAUCAGGACCUGAGCACCCUUCCAGAGACAUUCAAGAAGCAAAGCAGGACUGCGUCGGAGCACUGGAUCAGGCCCCUUGUUGUGAAAUGUCUUUCCAGACACUGUUGGAGCAGCGUGAUGCCGAAACAUUAGCAAUCAAAAAAGCUCGAGGGGACGAAAGUAGACCAGAAGAAAGCUGCGGAAAAUCAGCAGAUGUCAGGUUGGGGCCGAUCACAUCAUCUGAUAUUUGUGCCAAAGUUGAGUGUUGCUCAGUCAACAGUGAAGCGCCAUGUGAGGAGAGAGGAGACAUCACCAGUCAGUGUGGAAUGACAUCUGCAGCUCAGCCAAACAAGGACAUGGACACCAGCUGUGCUGCAAGCGAUCAGUUAGAAAAUAGUUCUUCAUCCUUGGACACGAUCCCAGAGGUCAGCCAGGCUGAGGCAGGCGGACGCCAAGCGCUUGCUCCGAUCACCAAAACCAUUCCCUCCCACAAGGAUGAUGACCGUACAGCGACUGGACAACACCCCCAAAACCUGCCCUCGCUUCCAGCAGAGGUCAACAAUGAGCUCUCGCUGGAAGAACUGCAUGGCGUGGGUUGCCUCAGUGAGUCACCUGGCCCGCUUGGUCAGAGCCAACGCCGUGUACAAAUGGCCGCCGUGGCUAGAACGGAGCAGACGGACGGCGGCGUGCAGGAGGGUAAGCCCAGCGACACAUGCCCUGCCAGUCCAGCUGUAGGUGGGAUGUGCGAGUCUGGAGCUCACAAGACUGAAGACGUGGUUAAAGUGCGCAUGAAGAAGCGGGACCACGCUCGCCUGGACUCCAUGGUGCUGCUCAUGAUGAAGCUGGACCAGUUGGACCAGGAAAUUGAGAACGCCCUCAGCCUCAACUCUUCUGUUGAUGGAAGCUCCGCCCACCGUACACCACCACAACAGGACCUUGACUUGAGGUGUGCGCCGGCGUCACCGCGCCUGCAAGGCCCUGCUGCCCCGACAUUCGUAGCCACGACGACCCUUGGAGCAAAACCAAAGACUACGAUUACUGCCAUCCCAGAAAGGACAAAACCUGAGAUCGAAGCCAAAGAGGCCUGUACCUGGCUGCGGGCCGCAGGCUUCCCUCAGUAUGCCCAGCUUUACGAAGAUGCUCAGUUUCCCAUGGACAUCUCCUCAGUCACCAGGGACCACGACUUCCUGGAUCGUGAUGCCAUUGAGGCUCUCUGCAGGAGACUCAACACCCUCAACAAAUGCGCCCUAAUGAGACUGGAGAUAUCGCCGCAAAGAAAGAGGAGUGAAGACUCGGAUGAGGAUGAGCCCUGUGCAAUCAGUGGGCGCUGGACUUUUCAAAGAGACAGCAAGCGCUGGUCUCGUAUGGACGAGCUGGAGGUUUUCUCUACAUUGUACACCGAUGAUGUCGCACAACCACCUCCGACAAAAGACCAAGUAACCAAAAAGCUGACCCUGUGCGAGGGAAACAGUUCUGAAAGUGUGCUGACAGAUCUCAGCGAGCAGCCUGAAGUGGGUUCCAUUCAUAGCAGCGGUAGCGGAGGAAGAGUGGAGCACAAGAGCCAUGACACGAACCUUCAUUUACUGAAUGAGCCCAUUCCCGUCGGAGCCACCCGUGCCAGCUCUAUAGCGAGCAUGUGCUCGUCGUCGGGCACAGGCGGGUCAGGGUGCGCCAAUGAGGACUCUCUGUCUGACGGGCCGCCUCCAUCACCCUUGGAGACGCUCGGACAGUUCACCUUUGAUGUGAAAAUGGGAGAACUCGGGGGAAGUCUCGACCGUGGCGGCGGGAGCGGUAAAAGCACACGCUCGAGAGCCAAGAGCUUCCUCAAGAGAAUGGAGAGUCUACGACUCCGCAGUGGCACCACCUCCAAGAGGAAGAAGAAAGGCAGCACCAGUGGAGGGAAGAUAGAGAUCAGCGGCCCUGUCAUCAAAGAAGGUUUGGAUGAUGACAAGCUGCGGCAGCUCAACUGUGUGGACAUACCGAGUAUCAACUUCAACCAGAACCUCAAUCACCAACACAAUCCAACUCAGACUAUGACACUUAACAGGAAUCGCUCCGUCUCUUACUCCACUCAGUCUAGCAACGGCAGCACUGGGAGCACUGGGAGCAGCCAGUCUGAAGCUAGCAGCGGCAGUGCGGUGAGUACACCCAGCCCGGUGACUCGCGCCCGUAGCCACAGUACGGCGGCAGGCUCGGCCAAGAGAGCGGGCAUGUACUUGGAGGGCUUCGAUCCCUUCAGCGUUCUGCAGCAAGCAUCAGAUCGCCAGCCGACGCCACCCCCGAAAUCAGCCCCACCUAUCCCGUGUCAGGCAAGUACGGGGAUGAGCAUUGACGAGCAGAAUCGAAGGAACAACCACAGAGUUCAAGACAAUGGCAGACCAGCUCAGGACGAAGAGGAGGAUGGCAUGAUCUUCUUCUAUUUACCAGAAGGUCACAAGCCAGGCACUUUCCCCAAAGCGCUGCAAGACGGGAGCUCCUCCAACAACAACGGGAAUGACAACGGAAACUCUGUCAUCCUGAGGGGGCGGCAAAGUAGACGCCAGCACCGCAUCUCUUCCAGCUCCGUGGACGGCCGCCUUAGUUUUUAUGACAAUGUCCCGCACAUUGAGAGAGAAGGGGACGGACAAAAACUGGACCAAGUGCUCCAACACGUAAGCGGCCUGCAGCGCUUCGUCAAUGCCUGGUCCGAGGCGGUGGUGGCCGACGAAGAAGAGGAGGAGGAGGAAGAGGAGGAAGGAGACUCCGAUUCAGCGUUGGACUCUGCUUCGCCUUGUCCAUCCUCCCCUCUGCAGAACCAUCUGGAGGAGACCGAGAACGGAAGUGACCAAGACAGCACGGGGAACCCGCUGCGUGAGGGCGAGGAUGGGAUGAGGGAGCGCAGGGAUUCUGGUGUGGGAGCAUCGCUAACAAGAACCAGCAGGCCACAGAAAGUGCGCUGGUUGAGCUUCCAGAACUCCCAUCGGCCCAGCCUGGCCUCCGCCCAGCUGCAGAUCAGCUGCCAGUCUGUGCUGCAGAUGAACCUCCUCCAGAAGCUCUCGCUGCUGCAGCUCACCGCCCUGCUGGAGAGACACACUCCCACCAACAAACAUGGCUUCAGCUGGGCCGUUCCAAAGUUUAUGAAGCGGAUGAAGGUGCGUGACUACAAAGACCGGAAUGUGUUUGGCGUCCCGCUACAAGUCAUCGUGCAGCGCACCGCUCAGCCCCUCCCCCAGGGCAUCCAGCAGGCUAUGCGUUACCUGAGGAACCAAUGCCUGGACCAGGUGGGUCUUUUCAGGAAGUCUGGAGUCAAGUCCCGUAUCCAGGCUCUGAGGCAGAUGAACGAGGCCAGCGGGGCCGACGGGGGCGGGGUCAGCUACGAGGGCCAGUCCGCCUACGACGUGGCAGACAUGCUCAAGCAGUACUUCCGAGACCUGCCGGAACCGCUGCUCACCGGCAAGCUGUCCGAGACCUUCCUGCAGAUCUACCAGUACAUGCCCAAGGAGCUCCGCCUCCAGGCCGCCCGUGCCGCCGUGCUGCUGCUGCCCGACGAGAACCGCGAGGCCCUGCGGACGCUGCUGUGCCUGCUGAGCGACGUGACGGCCAGCGUGGCGGAGAACCAGAUGACGCCCACCAACCUGGCCGUGUGCCUGGCGCCCUCCCUCUUCCACCUCAACACCCUCAGGCGCAAGGAGAGCCCCUCGCCCAGGGUGAUGAACAGGAAGCCGACUCUGGGAAAGCCGGACCAGAGAGACCUGAACGAGAACCUGGCGGCGACUCACGGCUUGGCCCACAUGAUCCAGGAGUGCAGGAAACUGUUCCGGGUACCAGAGGAGAUGAGCCGCUGCAGGAACUCCUACGUGGAGCAGGCGCUGCUGCCGCCACGCCUGGAGGAAAUGUGCGGAGGAGACUACCGGGCUCACCUGCGCCACGGCCUGGACGCUCUCCUCAAGGAGGCCAAGGACAAGUUCAAAGGUUACGACAGUCUGUCCACCCUGGAGCAGGCCGAGCUGUCCUAUCGCAAGGUCCAGGACGGCUUCCCACUCAGGCUGUGGAAGGUGAGCGUGGAAGUUCCCGCACCUCCGGAGGAGGUUCUGACCCGCCUGCUGAGGGAGCAGGCCCGCUGGGACGAGGACCUGUACGAGAGCCGCGUGGUGCAAGUCCUGGACCAGAGCACGGAGGUGUACCAGUACGUCAGGACCAGCAUGGCCCCGCAUCCCAUGAGGGACCACCUGGUGCUCAGAACGUGGACCACGGACUUGCCGAAGGGGGCGUGCGCGCUGGUGGCCACGUCGGUGGAUCACGCGGCGGCGCCCGUGGUGGGCGUGCGCGCCAACGUGCUCCUGUCACGCUACUUCAUCGAGCCCUGCGGCGCCAACAAGUCCCGCCUGACGCACUUCUCCAGGGUGGACUGCAGGGGUCGCUUCCCCGAGUGGUACAACAAGCUGCAUGGACACGUGUGUGCGGCUCGAGUGGCGCACAUUCGGGACUCCUUCACUGCGCCUGCGGACAAAUGAGACUUUGUUUGUAUGUUUAUUUGUUUUGUUUUUAAGGUCAUUCCAUUGACAAACUUUGCCUCCUGGAUUUGAAGGACUUUGGACCUUGACAACAUCUCACUAGUUUGUGUGUCCUGCCAUGUCAUGUUUGUGAGGAGGACACGCGCCAGGAGAAGUUGUUGCUUCUGAGAAGCGAGAGGUUGCAGUAAGGACUACUUCCACACGUCGCUGGCUUGGCUUCUCCUGGCUGCUUUGUCUUCACCACACUUUGGUGAGGCCCUGCAGGUUGAGUGACUUUGGUGAGGCCCUGCAGGUUGACCACACUUUGGUGAGGCCCUGCAGGUUGAGUGACAGCUGAAGAAAGACGGGAAUGUGUCGGCUUUGAAGGGGAACUGCGCUUUUUUGGGUGGGUUUUUGCCGAAAUUCAGUCAUUGACAAUCCUAAUGUAAGACAAGAACACAUAUGUGUUUUUUUAUGCAUUCUAUGUCGUAAAAUAUGGCAAGUCCGAGGUGGCUAACAGGGGUGCACUAUUCCGCCCAUAAAACCUCUAAAAAACAUCCAACAAUACUUUAUUUAUACGUCCUGACCUGAAUAUGAACCAGUAUUAGCAACUUUGUUAUUAUAUGCGCUAACGCAGAGGAACUACUUUUAGCGGCGCCGUGUUCACAGAGCUAACUAGCUUAUGCUGCUAUAUUGACAUACUGAGCUGCUGCAUGGCCUCUGAGCUGGUGAAAGUGAAUUGUAGAUGAUAAAUCCUACCUCUCACCUGGAUAGUAGAAGAUUGUGGACAUAAACCCACAAGUUGGUCAACUUUGACAUCCAACUUACAGCAAGUCAAACAUCAUUUUUGAACCCUUCCUGAGGAUGACAAUAAUUCUUCAUCUAAACGGGAAGAUAUCAGGCGGCAUCCCAGUGAGAGCAGACAUUGUACAGUAAGUGAUUGUUUUAUUAUGUUCCUACUUUGGAUUCUUGUUUAGCACUUAGCAAUGUUGCUACUUGCUGAAUCUGCUUGUCGCCUAGCUUCUAAAACUUGUAGAUCAUCCUCCUUAUGUUCAGCCUCAAAAAUAUAAGUUUCUCAUCAUCAUUUGUCCCAAAGUAGUCUUUGUUACCUCUCAUGAAGUCUGUCAUGAUUAGUAGUCUUCUUGUUGUUGUUGUUGUUGAAGGAAAUAGCGAAUGUUGUGAUGCAUCUGUGAAAUGAAUACGCCGCCCAAUGCUUAAAAUGACCAAAAUAUGUAAAUAUUACAUGUUAUUAUGAAUGUUACUAGAUACUACAUAUAUACUUACAUCAUGUAAAUAUUACAUGUUAUUAUGAAUGUUACUACAUGACAUAUAUACUUACAUCAUGUAUAUAUUACAUGUUAUUUUGAAUGUUACUACAUGACAUAUAUACUUACAUCAUGUAUAUAUUACAUGUUGUUAUGAAUGUUACUAGAUACUACAUAUAUACUUACAUCAUGUAUAUAUUACAUGUUAAAUGUUACUACAUGACAUAUGUACUUAAAGUGUGUGUAUAUAAAACAAUAAUGGAUGUUUUUAGAGCAGUUUAUAGAUCGACUUCCAUUACCUCCGUCGUUAGCUGACUUUUGCUAGCAUUUAUUUACGACUUAGAAUGCAUAAAAAAAACAGAUUGUGAAUGAAAUAAGCAUGUUCAUGUUUUCAAUGGCAGAGGGAACAUUUUCUGGGGGGCGUGAAAAAAUGCUUUCCCUCUGGGGGAUCAAAAAUGUAAUCUUUUGGGGAGUAAAACAUUUUGGUU